AUGAGUUUGAAUGUGCCCAAAGCUGAUGCAAAAACAGGAACUAAAGUCCCCCUCAGGGCCACAGGUCCUGGAUCCCCCCGAAAGGCAGCUCCCAAGUUCAAACAGAGGAAUACCCGUCAGUUCAAAAGCAAGCCCCCUAAAAGAGGUGUCAUUGGUUUUGGUGAGGAAAUCCCUGGAAUGGAAGGUCUGGGAAUUGACAUCACUGUGAUCUGCCCAUGGGAGGCCUACAGUCAUCUAGAGCUGCAUGAGCUUGCACAGUACGGCAUCAUUUGAAUCUCGCCACUUGAUCAUCAGUUUAGUUCAGUAAAUUUUUAUGUUUGUUUGUUUUACCAAAUUG